GUUUUGAGUGUGCUAUAUACAGUUCAUCAGUAUUUCAUUCUGUUCAUAUUAAACCAUUUUGAAGUAAUUACACAGAGGAGAGUGCGUUGUAUUGCCGUCAAGAAAUCGUCGGCGGUGCGGGAGUUCGAAAAUAUAUGACAAAUAAAGCAAUCAAGAUAACAUGAUCAGAGGAUGCUCACAGACAAGAACAUUUAUGACGUGCCAUAAUACCAUCUACUCCUCGGUUGUCCACAAACUUACUCUCUACUGAAUGGUUCAUUUAGUCUCCUGGGGAUGGCUGCCGACACCAACAUCUUCACCGAUAAGCAGACCAAUAACUGGUUCAAAGCAUGCAUUGCCCUCAAUUUGACAAAGGAUGGAUUGACUGACUUUGUUGUGACGGAAUUAUUAAACGUACAAACAAAAGUUGGUAGAAGUUGUGGACAAUGCUUUAUUCAAAACCUUAUACCGUGUCCAACUCAUUAUGUGUGUAAAAAGAGGAAAGGAAAUAACUGUUCUUUCCACAAUUCACAACAACGAAAGUCAUGUCAAACAUGUGAUAAAGUGAAGCAAGAUAUCACAUUGUUACACAGAUUUAUACGUCCUAGUUGGGAAAACACUAAAGCUGAACUAUGGGCGACGAAUCCGUGGGAAAUCGGUAAAUGCUACCUCCCACCGGACGGAUAUAGCAGCGUAUCAUCUGUGCAAGAAUCUGACUUCAAUGGUGUGGUUAGCGUUGUGUUGAACUGCAAGCAUUUCGAGACAUGCCUCUCCGUCGCAUGUCUAUCACCGCCUCCACCUGAUAAGAAAUGCCCGCUAGAAAAGGUCCGACAGAUAGGCCGAGAUGUACGCCACACUGCCGACUGCAAGGUUACAGAUGCUGAUCUGCAGUACUUCUUUCUGACACUGACCACCCUACUUGCUGAUCCAGUCCGCUUAUUGCAUGAUACCUCAGCGACAGAAGCGCGCAGGAAACUCAGUGAUUUGCAGAAUGAUCGUCUUUCACCUGACGACUUGGGCAAGUUGUUGAAAGAAGCCAAUCAGACCCUCACACAAGCAAAAGAGGCCGGGGAACGUUUUUCCAAAGAAGCUGAAAGGACCUUAGAGGCUACAAUACAGGCUGGAAAAGAUCGCAUUGAAAACCAGACACAGGCAGGAGAAAAACGCAUUGAAAUUAAGACACAAGAAAGCAUCAACCUCAUCAAUCGAACUGUGAUUGAAAAGGAUCAAGACGAAUACGAGCGAGGAGUAGCAGAACUGAUCGAACGUACGAAGAGGCUUUACGGAGACAACUUAAAUCAAGUAACCAUAUCCCCAUUGAAUGACUACAAACAUGAACAGUUAGGCAAUGUCUAUAUGCCGCCAAAAAUUGUUCACAUGUGCGAGGCCAAUGGUGUGUUUAAGAAAACAGAAAGACCUGUUACACAGUACAAGGAUGUGUUUUUCAAAGAUGACAAAGUUAACCCACGAAUAUUUCUUCAAGGAGAGGCGGGGUCUGGAAAGACAACAUUUCUAGCAAAGUUGGCCCUAGAAUGGUGUAGAGAAUCGCAUGUUUCUAGUGCAUCGGAUAACAGCUCACUUUUCUUUAAUGAUGUCGACGUUGUGCAAAGCUUUGUGUUCGUUUUCUAUAUUACAUUGAGAAAUUCGGUAAAACAAUUCGACGUAUAUACAUUGAUUAAAGAGCAAAUAAUAGAUUCUAUAUACUCCUCACAGGAAGACCGUGAGCAGGCUUACAGACUAUUGAAUGAGAUCAUGAAACGUGAACGUUGCUUGGUACUACUUGAUGGUCUAGAUGAGUGGACCGGACCUGGAGAUCAUCACAACCUACCGACAUUGGUACUAGAACAGAGCCAAUGUGUGCUGUUAUUUUCAACACGACCUUGGAAAUUGACUGUAGUUAAAAUUAUGCAUUUGGACAGAUACACAUCCGUGCAUCUGGAAGGAAUAAACAAGCCGUUUGAGUUCAGCAGAAAAAUCCUGAGCUGCUUGGUAGAUAAGGAUGAGCUUGAAUUAAAAUACUCAGCAUUUGAGCAGUACAUAGAGAAACAAGAGCUCGGCGAAUUAUUGUCAUCUCCAAUGAUGCUCUCUGCCAUUGUUUGUUCAUAUGCAGAGGGAAUAGAACUCAAAGGCUCAACGUGUGAAAUGUACACCCUUUUAGUGGAAAGUCUUUUUAAGAAAGCCAACAGUAACACGUGUACAUUCCAACAGCCCCCCUUUCCGUGCUUCAUACGGACUGAAUACAUACAGCCAAAUUUGGAACAACUGAAUCGUCUUGCUGAAAUGGCCUUUCAUUUGUUGUUUGUAAAUGAUAAGGAAAAUUCAAUAAUGUUCAAUAUUACAGAAUUAAAUAAAUUCAAGAUUGAUGAAUACAAGGAUUUUGCAUUAAAAUCAGGAAUUUUAUCGGCGCAACAAACUGCCUCUGCACUGCGAUCAUCGUCAUCAUUUAUGUUUAUACACUUGAGCAUGCAGGAAUUCCUUGCUGCUUAUCAUAUCGCCCGCAAUACGAAUCUUAUUGAUGGUAGUAUUUCUGUCUACCUUAACCGUCACCCGGUAGCCUAUCUCGACAUAGCGCAGGUUUUUAUAUUCCUGUGUGGACUGGAUGUAUCGUGUGCGGAAAAGCUAUCAAGCAUGAUGCAUGAACGCGAUGCUUUGGAUAGAUCAAAUUUUUUCAAAUGUUUAAUGUUCUAUAGAAUCAUACUGGCAGGAUAUCGAGAAGCUAAUGCAAACGGAUAUUCUGACAUUUCCCUUAAAUUCAGUCACUUCUACUUCGUUAAAGACAACAUCAUUGACCUUCAUAAGAUUUGGGAAACUAACGCGGCUAAUGCCAUUGUGUUGAAAGUUCACAUCGAUGUCAUGGAACCCUUUCAAAACCAACGACUUUCACCUGCAAAUGACGAGUGCGCAUCUCAGAUUACAAUUAACCUUCAACCAUGCCUGGAGCUGACAUGCCUAACGCUAGAAGGACGUAGCAUAUUGGUUAAAGAUUCUGCCAGUGUGGGCACAUUGGAAUUUCCGGUCUGCAUUAUUCUAAAUAUUGCCGAUCCAACCCAGUGCACAGAGCUUCCUCCUGUACUUCCCUCCAUCAAUCACAUUGACUUGACCCGUGUCACAUGUUCCUGUACCUGGCUACGCAGUCUGCUUAGCAUGAUGCUGACACAAAAUUGUAAUAUGAACUGUUGGCUGAACAAGUGUCACUUAACUGCGUGUGGAGAGGGCGAAGCCAACACAUCAUACACGACUGGAAACAUAUCUGUAUUCGUAAAUCCAAACAAAAGCAUAUCAAUAAGCCUAACUAAUGAUACCGGUCUGUGGGAGAUUCUGCAUGGUCUGAGUAUGAAGAGUCUGAGUCUGCAUGGUGAGGUGGAUAGAGGUUGUAGAGUGAAUCAUGAAAAGUCGUUCUCACAGACGAUAGCAUCCCUCCCAAAGCUGGAAACACUAGAUAUUGCAAUGGAUGAAUUGACUCCUUGUGUGUGGGAGGCUCUCCGUGGUCUGAAUAUCAAGAGUCUGACUCUGAGAAGUAAGGAGUGGGGAGAGUUGCAUGCAGAGUCGUUGACUCAGUUGCUAUCAUCGCUCAAGAGGCUGGAAACACUUGGAAUUGAUGUGCCUAAAGACAGUCCUGGUCUGUGGAAGGCUCUCAAUGGUCUGAAUAUCAAGAGUCUGAAUCUGGGUGGUAAGAAGGAUCUGUAUGGUUGGGAGGGGGAAGGUUUGAGGAUAAAUCAUUCACAGUCGUUGUCUCAGUCGCUAUCAUCGCUCAUGAGGCUGCAAAUACUUGAUAUUCAUGUGGCUGAAGAUAUUACUGGUCUUUGGGAGGCUUUCUAUGGCCUUAAUAUCAAGAAGCUGCGUGUGUCUUGUAACUGUAUAGUAAAGUAUAAAGAGUCGUUGUCUCAUUUGCUACCAUCGCUUACACGGCUGGAAACACUUAGUAUUGGUGCGCGUGAAGCAUGUCCUGGUUUGUGGGAGGCUCUUAAAGGUUUCAGUGUCAAGAGUUUGACUAUUAAAGGUAAGAACAAAGGUUUCGAAUUAAAUCAAACAGAGUUGUUGUCUCAGUCACUAUCAUCACUCACACUGCUUGAAACACUCGAUAUGGUGGUAUGGGAGCACAGUACUGGUCUGUGGGAGGUUCUCCAUACUUUGAAUAUCAAGACUCUGAGUCUGACUCUUCAUGGGUGGACCGAUUUGCGUACAGAGUCGUUAUCUAAGUCACUUUCAUCUCUCACACGUCUAGAAACUCUUAAUGUUAGUGUGUAUGCAGACAGUAUUGUGUAUGCUAGUGUGUAUGGAGGCAGUAGAUUUCCUUGGAAGGCUCUCCAUGGCCUGAAUAUUAAGAGUCUGAGACUGAGUCUGUGUCAUUAUAAUGUCUGUCUAGAUUUGCAAGCAGAGUCGUUGUAUCAGUCAUUAGCAUCGCUCACACAGCUAGAAACGCUUAGUAUUGAGUUACGUCCAAGCAGCCGUGGUCUAUGGAGAGGUAUCCAUUGUCUGAAUGUAAAGAGACUGAGCCUGAAGACUAUGGAGUGGGGAGGUUUGCAUAAAGAGUUGAUGUCCUUGUCACUAACAUCGCUGACACAGCUGGACACUCUUUGUAUUAGGAUGGAGUGUGAUAAUCCAGGUCUGUGGGAGGCUGUACAUGGUCUGAACAUUAAGAGUCUGAGUCUGAGUGGUUUGUGGAAACGUACUGGAAUUGACGUGAAGCAUACAUUGUCGAUGGCAAAGACACUUGCAUCGCUCAUUCAUCUAGAAACACUUAGUAUUGAUGUGGAGCAUGAGAGUCCUGGCCUAUGGGUAGCUCUCCAUGGUCUGAAUAUCAAGAGUCUGAGUCUGAAUGGCGUGUGGGAAGGUUCCGGAAUUGACGUGAAACUUGCGAAAACAUUUUCUCAGUCGUUAUCGUCACUCACACAGCUGGAAACGUUAACACUACAUGUACAUACAUACAUCGCCCUGCAGGUACCUCAAUCAUUGAAGUAUUUAAAUAUCUACUAUGACACAAUGCUUCCAUCCGAAUUGCGCGAACUUGUGGACUCACUGGCUACAUGUACUCAUACAAUUGAGAGUAAGCUAGAAUUUGGUUGCGCUUCUAGUGUUGAUCCCCCAGAACGAAUCCCAAUUCAGGAAUACAUUCCAUUUCAACAGGAACUUGCUGCACGGAAGAAUGUUGCAAUGAAACGAUUCCGAAUAUAUGAAUGGCCUGAUUCUGCCGGUCAUGCCAUGUCUGUACGUGACAUUGGUGAUGUUGAUGACGCUGCUAGCGAUAUCCUUCAAGAUGAUGUUUAUAAAAGAUUUGCUAAAUAUAUUGAUCGUUACAUAAUCAAUCGAAUUUCAAUACUCAUUGAGAUAAGUCCAGGCUCAAUAUCUUGAAUUAGUGUUUGUUUUUGAUGGAUACUAUAUUUAUAUGAACCUGGUUGUAUAUUAAAUUUAUAUUGUAACAAUUAAAACUGUUUGACAUGUGGCGUAUAAUACUGUUUUAUGUUGUUUCUCUAUACAUGAAAUUGAGCUAUAACAUAUACUAGCCUAAUGUGUUGUUGACGAUAGGUGUUACAAGAAAAUAUGGUACAAACACAUUAUCUUCCUAUUUCAAAACGGUCUUAGUCUAAUGUAUGUUGACAUUCAAUCACAUUAUAUACAUAUGCUCAUCUCAAUCUCAAAGAUAUUUCGCCGGAGCUUUUCUCUUAUAUGUAGUUAUUAUUAAAAUCAACACAAUUGUGUAAAUACGGCUCCUAAGUCGUUAAUGUCUUGAGAUUCAAAUCAGUGAACAAAAUAAUGUUUAUUUUUGCGUCCGAGCAAGUGACAAACUACUAAACGAAAUCAAACUGUAGACAGAUAUUACGUUUAUGCUUUGUGUCAAUGUUAUUGUAUAAGUUUAAAUUCAAUGUAUGCCUUUGUUUUAAUGACUUGUACAAUUUGGAACAUGUUGAUACAAUUUUAUUAGUGCGCUUUAUAGCAUGUACAUGUUCACAUAAUUGUCAACGCAUUUGACUUCACCUAUAAAUAUUAAAUAUACAAGAUUAA